CGCGACAAUUGAUUUUUGGGUUUGGGUGUCCAGCUGCUAGAACAUUAAAAGAUUAAUAUCAAAUAUUUCUGCUGGGCGCUGGCUAUAAUUCAGAUAACACAGUGGCGUGACCUUACAUGACCUUUUAAUGUUAAUGGGAGCUAUUACGAGGCUUCGAUCAACCAGAUAGCUUGACUUGACGCUUUGAAAGAUGAUCUAAGAAGCAGAAGUAGAAAAUAAAGAAGGAGAAGAAGAACAACUAAGGACUGGAUUUUUAAAUACUAUUUUUCUCUAAAUCUCUAGAGUUCCAAAUUUGCAGGCAUCAGAACAGAUACACUGGUCAAUAUAAGCGAAGGCAAGAGUCGUAAUCUCGGAGUCCUUAUCUAAGAUGGCGGACGACAAGUGUCGAUUUCCAUAUUUUUAAUUUUCAUCGAAUUAACUAUCUCGAAGUUGACUAUGCUUUGAUAUUUGAACGUAAUCAGGUUCAUAUGACAUGAAAACUCUGGGGUAUGAUCAUUUGUUCAUAUAUCGUCAUCAUAGAUGCGAAGAUUACGGCCGUUGCAUUCGCUUGAUAUUGACCAGUGAGAUUGUAGAGUAGUUCUGAAAAAUUGUGAAUCAUGAGGCUCGUAUCAUUCCUUCUGUACUCGAUUGUAAGGAACAUCUUUAUAACAUUACAACGAAUAUACUGGAAAAUAACUGGAAUUUCUUCAUUUUUGCACGAAAUUAAUGACGGGAAACAUUACAACAAGUCAGCACAAGUUGGGACAAUCCGUUUACGAGAAAAAAUCGUUGAAUUUAAUCUAUCUCAAGAGGCCGACUUUUUGUUUACACACGAUAAAUUUGCUGAUCCACGUUGCGUUCUGGAUAAUGACGUCACAUUGUACACCAUUACAGAUAAUAAUGAAGCGUUAUUCGUAGAGACCCCUUCGGAUAUUAACAUAUAUAGUUCAGAUGUACACCCAUUUUUCUAUGUGGCGCAGUUCAAUCAUGCGGUUCGGGUCAUCAAAAUGCCGUUUGGAAGUUUCACGAAAAUUGCUAAUGAAAUUGGAGACCCAAGAAUGCAAGUGGUUUUGAUAUCAAGUACGGGACGGUGUGGUUCAACUCUCCUCACGCAGAUAUUUGAAACAACUGGAAAAUUUGUCACCAUAGCUGAGCCUGAUGCAAUGACAAAGCUUGCACUCCUAAGGGAAACAAUAGAGAAAAGGAUGUGGAAACAAAUGUACAAAAAUCUUGUGCGAUUUCUAUGUAAACCAAGGUAUGACGUGCAGCUCCAACCAGCAUAUUGUAUUAAAACACGUAAUGUUUGCGCAAAUGAUAUUGACUUUAUUGCGAAUGCAUUCCCCAAUAUUAACCUGAUAUUCCUAUACAGGGAUGGCCUGAACACUGUCAAAUCGAUGUACAACAUAACAGGCUCGUUUAAUGAAAUUCAGCAAUAUUUUCUUCCCAACACAAUCAGCAAUAUGAUGAUGAAUAGCCUUGCCCCACACUGGACCAAAGGAAAGACGUUUAAAAAGUCACCUCUGUCCUAUCUUACACUUGAAUGGGGCAUCGUGAUGUUGAUCUAUAUCCGCCACCACCAGAAUGGAGUCAAGAUGGCUGCAAUAAGGUACGAAGACCUCUUGGAUAACCCGACUCAAUCUUGUGCUGCCAUCUUUAAAUACUGUGACAUUUCUGCAGAAUUUGUCUCUCGUGGUGUGAGAGCAAUGAAGAAAAUGUCUCAGAGAGGGAGCUAUAUGGGAACGGACAGGGCAAGAAGAGAGAUCACAGAACACAUGAAGGCUGAGCCAAAUGAUCUUCUAACAAAUAUGGCGCUACCCAGACUUGGUGAACCUAGCAUAGUCCCAGGCCUUAUAACACUGAACAACAACUGCCAAUCAUAAAAUAAACCAAGUAUGGUGAGCAAUGCUCGAUCGAUGGAGCUUGUAUGUAACUUAGUAAACCUUGUACUUGGCCUGACCAAUGGGCAAUUUUAAAACGUGUUUGAUAUACUAGACUUGAGUGAAUGAUGUGCAAUGCCCGAUCAAUGGGCAAUUGUAAACCUUGUAUGGUCUGCAAUGCCCGCGUAAAGCUUGCAUGAUGUACCAGACUUAAUCAUUGGACAAUUAAUUAUAAACCUUCUAUGAUGUACUAGACCAGCUGACCAAUGGACAAUUAUAAACCUUGUACGAUACGCUAGCCUUGCAUGUGUGCAAUGCCCGAUCAAUGGACAACUGUAAAUCGUAUAUGAUGUACCAGGCCUGAUCAAUGCACAAAUGUAAACCUUUUAUUAUGUGUGAGACCCGGAAAGCAGACGAUUACAAACCUUGUUUGGUGUGCCAGGCUAGACCAAUGGACAAUUAUAAACCUUGUAUGAUGUACGAGUCUCGAUCGUGGACAAUAAUGGACAAUUAAUUAUAAACCUUAAAUGAGCAAAGGCCUGAUCAAGGAAUGAAUUAUGAAUCAUGUAUAAUAUACCGGGGCUUAUAAUCUGAUCAGUAGAUAGUUAUAAAGCAUUUGCAUAAAAAUAUGAGGUAUGGGUUCUUUGACCAAUAUACAGGGUGAUAAAAAAAACGGCAACCCUAAUUUUUCCUCAUAUCUUUGUCAUUUUUAGAAAUUUUGCCCUGAUAUUUGAUUUGGCACACAUGUGCAUCAUUUAAUUUCAUACUAGACUGUAUUAUUUCAUGAACAUUGGACUGAUAGUCGCAAUGUUACUGCACUUUAAACAAGGUGCCCCAAUUUUCCAAUAUUGUGCUGUAGGCAAACCUGCACACAUUUUCCAAACCUGUCAAUGACAUAACUGCAUUCCUCAGCAAGUAUGGCCUGAACGACACAUGUGAUCUUUAUUUUGAGGUCAACUGUUUUUCUGGUGUUAUUACCCUACAUUCUAUCUUUACUUUGGGGUAUCCCCACUGGUAAAGAUUAAAUGGGGCCAUACCUGGGCUAUGGGGUGCCCAUUCAUUGUCUGUUGUACUGCUGAUAAUGUGGUCAUUGAAGUGGUCCCAAAGCCAUUAUUGUGCAUCAUUGGGUGUAUGGGGUAUGGUUCUGUCUUGUUGGAACCCCUGUUGCUGCCUAUCAACCCCCCUGGGUUUACCUAAAAUCCUCAAGAACUCCAUGGGGAUCACAAAAUAGAGUUUGAUGUUGACAGUUAUUGCAUAUCCGUUGAUAUCAUCAAAGGUAAAGGUAUCUUCUGAGAACACACUAAACUGUGCAUAUGUCUGUGUGAAGGUGCCUCUCCACUACUUCAUCGAGUGCUUGGCUCCCCAAGAAUACAUUAUUGUUAGAGUUUACCAGUGCAUCAAAUUUUAAAUGGAGUUCAUUUGAAUAACUGACCAGCUCAGACAGCCCGAAAGUGACCAUCUUGGGCAUGUUGUUUAAAAUGCAGUAAUAUUGUGACUAUCAGUCCGAUGGUCAUGAAAUAUGAUAGGUUGGUAGGAAAUGGAAUGAUGUACAAAUGUGUAAAAUAUCAGGGAGUUAUUUCUUAGAAUGACAAAGAUAUUAGAAAAAACUAGGGUUGCCGUUUUUUGACCACACUGUAUGUAGACUGAAAAUAAAAGGUCCAACUUUGAUCAAAUCAUUGUACGUACAGAAUAAGAAGUUUAAGUUCUAUGUCGAAUAGAUCGAUGCAUAAUAAUAUGGAGUUCAAGUUCUCAAUCAAAUGAUUGUUCCAAAUUCUGGAUUAAAUACACACCGGAAUACCCUGACAACGGUAAAGUCAGAUACCAUUGUCACAAAUGGCGGACGUACAGUCGCUUCAACUCUUUAGUCACUUCGUUUUCAUUCUAUUGGACCUUAUUUAAAUUUAGGUGCUCUAUUAAACAUGCAGUUAAUGAAAAUCGAAUCGAAUAGGAACCUGUGGCCGCCAUUUGUGACAACGGUAUCUGACUUAACCGUUGACAGGGUAUUCCGGUGCGAAAUAGACGCACAUGAUAAUACGAGGUCU